AUGGCUCAUCUAAUACGGCACAAAAUCUCCAACAAGAUCACGAACGCGGUGAACACGGCCUCCAACAAGUCCCAGGCGAAGGUGAGCGGCGUGUUCGCGCGCUUGGGCUUCCAGGCGGCCACGGACGAGGAAGCGGUGGGCUUCGCGGAGUGCGACGAUCUGGACUAUGACUACAGGCAGGGCAUGCGCAUGGCCACGCUGCAGACGGACGAGGCCGGCGGGGAGGUGGACGGUGAAGGUGGGCUGGAGGGGGACAGCCACUAUCAGCGGGACGGCGCGGGGCCGCGGGGCUCGCGCGGCAGCACUGGCACGUGCGAGGAGCUGGGCUCGCAAGACAAGCCCAAGAUAACCGCGUGGGAAGCGGGCUGGAACGUUACCAACGCCAUUCAGGGCAUGUUCGUCCUCGGCCUCCCUUACGCCAUCCUGCACGGCGGCUACCUCGGCCUCUUCCUCAUCAUCUUCGCCGCAGUGGUUUGCUGCUACACCGGCAAGAUCCUCAUCGCGUGCCUGUACGAGGAGAACGAGGACGGAGAGCUGGUGCGCGUGCGGGACUCGUACGUGGACAUCGCGAACGCGUGUUGCGCGCCGCGCUUCCCCGCGCUGGGCGGCCGCGUGGUCAACGUGGCGCAGAUCAUCGAGCUCGUCAUGACGUGCAUCCUGUACGUGGUGGUGAGCGGCAACUUGAUGUACAACAGCUUCCCGGGACUGCCCGUCUCACAGAAGGCCUGGUCAGUCGUGGCCACGGCCGCGCUGCUGCCCUGCGCCUUCCUCAAGAACCUCAAGGCGGUGUCCAAGUUCAGCCUUCUGUGCACGCUCGCGCACUUCGUCAUCAACGUGCUCGUCAUCGCCUACUGCCUGUCGCGCGCGCACGACUGGGCGUGGGAGAAGGUCAAGUUCUACAUCGACGUCAAGAAGUUCCCCAUCUCCAUUGGCAUCAUCGUAUUCAGCUACACGUCGCAGAUCUUCCUGCCCUCGCUCGAGGGCAACAUGCAGAACCCCAAGGAGUUCCACUGCAUGAUGGACUGGACGCACAUCAGCGCGUGCGUGCUCAAGGGCCUCUUCGCGCUGGUGGCCUACCUGACGUGGGCCGACGCGACCAAGGAGGUGAUCACGGACAACCUCCCGGCGGGCAUCCGCGCGUGGGUCAAUAUCUUCCUCGUGGCCAAGGCCUUGCUCUCCUACCCGCUGCCCUUCUUCGCCGCAGUGGAGGUCCUGGAGAAGUCCCUCUUCCAGGACGGUGGCCAAGCGGUCUUCCCCAACUGCUAUGGGCCAGGGGGUCAACUCAAGUCCUGGGGGCUCAGCCUGCGCGUGGGGCUCGUGGUCUUCACCCUCCUCAUGGCCAUCUUCGUCCCGCACUUUGCACUGCUCAUGGGCCUGACGGGGAGUCUCACCGGCGCCGGCCUGUGCUUCCUGUUGCCUAGCCUCUUCCACCUGAAGCUCCUCUGGCGGAAACUUCUGUGGCACCAAGUGUUCUUCGACGUCUCCAUCUUCGUGAUCGGGGGGAUCUGCAGCAUCUCCGGCUUCAUCCACUCCAUCGAAGGGCUCAUCGAGGCCUUUAGGUACAACAUCCAGGAUUAAGUCAAGAAGACUGCAUUCCCAGCCCUGUCUGAAACUGCUGGUGCACUCUUCCUCUGAUUGCCAAUCAGCGAGCUCAAUCUACUUAAUCACUAAAAAAACUGGUUACUUCUUUAUUCUCGC